AUGAACUUCGUUCAAACCCUUAAUAAUGAAAUAGAAACCUAUGAACUCCUCCUCCAGUCCAUCCCAUUCACCGACUAUCCCACCACCAUCAACUACCUCAAAAUUUACAAACUCAAUUAUAAAGAACUCCACAAAUACAUGUCUUCCAACAGUUUCCCCAUCGAUAACUCCAAGCUCCUCAAACUCACCAUAAGUCUAGGAAACCUCAUAAAGUCCCUCCAUUUAGACGAAGAGAUGUACCGCAACCAACAGAAGAACGGCAUGGCGUCCAAAUUGAACGCUUUAGCCGAGUCCCCCAAACAUUACAUCAAUUCUGUCCCCAUCAAUAGUCAGCCCUUAUACCAGAUCAAGUUCAUCAAGAAUUUACUCCUAAUUCUCAAGAAUUUCGACAUAGGCUACCACCUUAAGGACCAAGCUUCGUCCACGACGUUGAACCAGUACACCAGUUCUCCCAUUAAGUUGAAUUCGAAGCAAUUGUUGAUUGAAAAGCUAGAGAUUAACAUCAACUUGGAUACUUUAUUCAUCUACAAACAUUUGUUGAACCUCUUGGUACGGAUCUUUGACAUCUUAAAGAUACACCUUGGGUUCAACGACAAUUACCUUAUCAAUUCCAACGACCGGUCGUCGAUAUUUCUGAGUAAUUCUGUCAACUCGGGGUCUUCUGACUCGAUCUCGGUGGACGAGUACUUCAGGGUGUUGAACCAGAUCUUGAACCGGGUGACCAAUGGGUUGGUGGAGCCGUUGUUGAAGUUCAUUAUGGAUUUUGUGGGACAAAGUGUGAGCAGUGAGUUUGGGACACUUAUCACGAGUCUUUAG